UGACAUCAAGCCUGAAUAUAACUACGAUCAAGAUACCAAUGUCGCCCCUGAAUACAACUAUGGCAAUGGCGACAAUGUUGAUGCUGGUGCCAAUGGAGAUCAUAAUGCUGAAGCGGCCCCCAAAGCUGGAUAUGAAGGUUUUUCAAUGGUGAAGAGACAGGAGCUUGAUGGCACCCCUGACACCGAGGAAGAGGCCGCGGAUUUGGCUGAAGCUGCAGCCAAAGCUGAUGACCACGACAUCCAUGGUGAUAUCAAUGUCGGCCCUCAAUAUGACUAUGACCACAAUUUCGAUGUUGAUGUUGAUGUUGAUAUCAAUGGAACCGACAACGACGAGAAGUACGAAGACCAACUCGAAGGCGGAAUUCGAGAACAACUCGAAGCUGCAGCCUCAGCUGGAACCUAUUAAAUAU